CUUGAUUCCCCUGUCUCUCCCUGGCAGAAUAUCCACGCCCCCCGGGCAGGGAUUUUUGAGUUAAGUUGUGCAGGCCUAGAACAGUGCCUGGCACAUAGCAGGCACAGAUAGGAACAAAUGAGUUAGGGGUAAAUGAAUGCGUGCAGAAAUGAAUGAAGCCUGAUAGAACGAGGGUCAGAACUGCAAAUCUGGGCUAGCCUGCCCUUAACAGAGAUGCAGGAGCAAGGGUUGGGGCGUGACCUUUCAACCCCGAGCCGGCCAACUGGCCGGCCAUCGUGUUUGCCUGUUUGCCGACGGCGGCAAUGCGCUGAACAGAACAUUCCCACUUGGUUGACGGAGAAACUCUGGCAGGGUAAGUUUAAAUGGCCUGCGGCGGAUGACAGAGGUGGUGCUGACUCGGGUCGUUUGCUCUCCCGGCCCCCUCUCAGACGCGACUCUGCCCCCAGUUCUGGGCGUCUCGCUCUCUUCCCGCGGUGGGAAGUCAGAGCCCGGUGGCCCCCGGGAGCUGCGUCUGGCGCGCCGGUGCGUGCUGGAAAGGGAGUGGGCACCCGGGUCCCCGAGUCGCCCCCCGAACCCGCGCCGCGCCCCCGCCCCUGCCCGGCCCCGGCCACGCUGUCAGUCUCCAUUAGCGCUAACAGGCUCCAGACGGAGCGGGCCCGGCGCGGGCUUAAUGCAAUCGGCGCGUUACCUGGGGCGCAGGCUACAUUACCAGCCCGGCCCCCGCCCGGCGCGGCCAGAAGCAGCCAGCGCGCGCCCCGCCGGCCGCCCCGCGCCUCCCGCGCUCCUCGGGCCGCGCCCGAGCGCCACGCGGCGGAGCCCAGCCCCGGCCGGCGCCCCACAGCCCGUCGCGGCCAGGCGGGGCACCCGGGACCGCGGCGCUGCCGGACACGUGAGUGCGCCCUGCGCGCCGCCCGGCCGAGGUGUGCCGGAGACCCCGGCUGCGUGCGCAGAGCGAGAGCGGUAGCGACUUUGAAGUGCGGAGGGAGCCUCGGCGCGCUCCCAGUACGGCUGACGUUCCCCUCGCCAACCGCACCCAUGCUUCUGGCGCGGAUGAAGCCGCAGGUGCAGCCCGAGAACGGCGGGGCGGACCCGGGGCCGGAGCAGCCGGUGCAAGGGCGCAAAGCCGCGGAGCUGUUGGUGGUGAAAGAGCGCAACGGCGUCCAGUGUCUCCUGGCGUCCCGCGAUGGCGACGAGCAGCCCCGGGAGACCUGGGGCAAGAAGAUCGACUUCCUGCUGUCAGUGAUCGGCUUCGCGGUGGACCUGGCCAACGUGUGGCGCUUCCCCUACCUCUGCUACAAGAAUGGUGGCGGUGCCUUUCUGAUCCCGUACACCCUGUUCCUUAUCAUUGCUGGGAUGCCCCUGUUCUACAUGGAGUUGGCUCUGGGCCAGUACAACCGAGAAGGGGCAGCCACAGUGUGGAAGAUCUGCCCAUUUUUCAAAGGAGUUGGCUACGCUGUGAUCCUCAUCGCCAUCUACGUUGGCUUCUACUACAACGUCAUCAUCGCCUGGUCUCUCUACUACCUCUUCUCCUCCUUCACCCUCAAGCUGCCUUGGACCGACUGCGGCCAUGCCUGGAACAGCCCCAACUGCACCGACCCCAAGCUCCUCAACAGCUCUGUGCUGGGCAACCACACCAAGUACUCCAAGUACAAGUUCACGCCGGCAGCAGAGUUUUACGAGCGUGGCGUCCUGCACCUUCACGAGAGCGGCGGGAUCCACGACAUCGGCCUGCCGCAGUGGCAGCUCUUGCUGUGUCUGAUGGUCGUCGUUGUCAUCCUGUUUUUUAGCCUCUGGAAAGGAGUGAAGACAUCAGGAAAGGUGGUGUGGAUCACGGCCACGCUGCCCUACCUCGUGCUGUUUGUGCUCCUGGUCCAUGGCAUCACGCUGCCUGGUGCCUCCAACGGCAUCAACGCCUACCUGCACAUCGACUUCUACCGCCUGAGAGAGGCCACGGUGUGGAUCGAUGCGGCGACUCAGAUAUUUUUUUCCUUGGGGGCUGGAUUUGGAGUCCUGAUUGCAUUUGCCAGUUACAACAAAUUUGACAACAACUGUUACAGGGACGCCCUGCUCACCAGCACCAUCAACUGUGUCACCAGCUUCAUCUCUGGGUUCGCCAUCUUCUCCAUCCUUGGCUACAUGGCCCAUGAACACAAAGUCAACAUUGAGGACGUUGCCACCGAAGGAGCCGGCCUGGUUUUCAUCCUGUACCCAGAAGCCAUUUCCACCCUGUCGGGAUCCACAUUCUGGGCUGUCGUGUUCUUCAUCAUGCUUCUGGCUCUGGGAAUUGACAGCUCGAUGGGAGGCAUGGAGGCCGUCAUCACAGGCCUGGCGGACGACUUCCAGGUCCUGAAGAGACACCGGAAACUCUUCACAUUUGGUGUCACCUUUGGAACCUUCCUUCUGGCCCUGUUCUGCAUAACCAAGGGCGGGAUAUACGUGCUGACCCUGCUGGACACCUUUGCGGCGGGGACCUCCAUUCUGUUUGCCGUGCUCAUGGAAGCCAUCGGAGUCUCCUGGUUUUAUGGUGUGGACAGGUUCAGCAACGACAUCCAGCAGAUGAUGGGGUUCAAGCCAGGCCUGUACUGGAGACUGUGCUGGAAGUUCGUGAGCCCCGCCUUCCUCCUGUUUGUGGUGGUGAUGAGUGUCGUCAACUUCAAGCCACUCACCUACGAUGACUACAUCUUCCCGCUCUGGGCCAACUGGGUUGGAUGGGGCAUCGCGCUGUCCUCCAUGGUCCUGGUGCCUGCCUACAGCAUCUACAAGUUCUUCAGCACGCGGGGCUCCCUUCGGGAGAGGCUGGCCUAUGGCAUCACCCCGGAGAACGAGCAUCACCUGGUGGCCCAGAGGGAUGUCAGGCAGUUCCAAGUAGGUGCAGGCCGGACCGCUCUGGGCGGGAGGCCGGACCAUUCCGGGUGGGGGGCCCUAGCUGCCCCCGACUGUAUGCUGGCUGCACAUACCACAUGCUACAAAACCCUGAGCAGCUGUGGGGCUAUCGUCCCAGGGGUGUGGUGUCAGGAAUGGCGGAGAGGGGCCUGUCCCCUGCUUCUACUAGCUUCCAGCUGCCCCUCUGCUCCUUGGUCCUGGGAAACCACACGUCCAGUCUUUCCGAAGCUUUAUUUCCCCUCUGUAAGUUGUCACCCUAGGCUGGGGAUCUCUUACCUCGCAGGAUGAGCCACAGGAUGACCUAAGUCCUUUAACUUUAAAACCCUGGGGGGUGGGGGCUGGGGGAGGGUCCUGGUGAGCCCCCUGCUUCAGACUUGCUGUGCCACUUUGCGAGGCUUCCUCGCCCUUUCUGGGCCCAAGUGACGGUUAGGGAGUCAGCCUGCACGUUCUCCGGGGUCUUUGGAGGGAGGGGCUGUGUUCUCUGCCUCCCCGUGCUUCCGCUGUCCUUCUGGGCCCCGGGUCCUCUUGUCCCCACCCGCCUCUGGCCUUGGCAUCACGACCCUGCCAUCUUCCUCUGCAGCUGCAGCACUGGCUGGCCAUCUGAGCCCCAAGGAGGGACCCUGCCGUGCCGACGCCCAGGUCCAAGGCUUUGCUGCCACCCCGGACACAGUCUUGGGACUCCUCUCCCGAAAGAUGUUCUCUCCAUCCCUACCCCUCUUUCCCCAGUUACAAAUGAUUUAGUGACCUCGUUUUUAUUCACCUUCUGUUCAUCUGGCCCGGAGGCUUUGAGCUUGGAUUGGAAAGUCUGGAGGGGGAGGAGGAGGGGAGGGAACAGGAAAAGUGACUUCCAUCGAGCCCCUUUUGUUUUGGGAAAGCCUCACCCACCCUGGGAUCUGGCCCAAGCUGAGCUCCAUCCACGAUUCGGGCAGAAUUCACCACUACUUUUGCUGUGCUUUGGGGCCACAGGAGAAAUCCCGCCCGCCAAAUCAGAGAGAGGAUGUCGUUUUUGGCCAGAUACCAUAAAACCGAACACAAACAAAAAGGCCGGCUGCGUCUGGGGCAGGGGAUCCUCUCUCUCUCUUGCCACCCAGUCAGCAUUCUGGUGUCUGAACCUUGAUCAGGGAGCGUGGCUUGGUUUGUUCCGGUCAUCAGUCUGGAUAGAUGCUUUGGAGGCUUGUGAGAAGAAUCCUUCAUGGUUAGUUUUCACUCUGGCUAAGCUGAAUCUGAUUUGUGCAUGUUCUGGAACAUUCUUCCAGCUUCUGGUGGUCAGAGGGUCCAGAGCCAUGGAUGUCACGAGGCAAAAUGUAGAUGAGCCGCAGUAGGAGGUUUUGCAGAAGUACCAGAUGAGCUCAUAGAGGCCACGUGCAGGGCUUGGUCUGUCGGGCACAUGGGGCCCAGAAACCCAUCUGUGGCUUCUGAGAUCUUUCUGGGGGACUUGGGACAGGAACCCAGCGAGGCCAGAAGUGUGUCUAUACUACAGAAUUCUCUGCCAUCCUCACAGGGACAGGUGGAUGCCCAAGGGCAUCCUUAUAGGCUGUUUGUUUAUCUGUUGUCCGCAGACACCUGCAAAGGUCUUCCCUGGGAAUCCCACCCAGCACAGACCAGGGCUCUCAAGUGGUGGGGAGUUGGCCCUGAAAACUCCCUUUGUCUCUCCUGAUGGUCUUAACUUGGCAUCUGAGGGCAUGGUGGAGCCAAGCAGAUAGCAACCUGGUCAUUCAAGUCGAGGGGAAAAUAUUCUGAGCUGAUGGAGCAGGAUGAUGGUUUUAGAGAAUUUGCAGGUUGACUUCUGAUACACAUUUGCAAGUGGCGCCCUCUGGUGGUGGUGGUGGUGGUGCGUUUCAGCUCCGAGAACAGAUUUAUAGUUUGGGAAGUUGGUGGCAUCUAUUUGGGGUUUCUGUUUAUGGUUUGAGUCUCAUGCCUUCCUUGGAAAUCUAGAUUCAGAGGUUCUUGUUGUGACUGAGGAAGCCCCUAUUGAGGAAUCUUGGGCCAUAAAUAAAUAAAUA